AUGUCGUCAUACAAUACUCCAAAUCGUUUACGUCAAACAUCAAAAACGACUCGUGCAUACGAUUCAAGUGAUAAUGGUACGCCAAGUCCAGCUCGUUACCGAUCAAAACGUAAUCGAAAUGAUGAAAAUUCAUGUGUGAAGAAUAAAUUCGAUGGACAUUUUGAUGAAAAUGCAAAUGAUCAAUUUCAUGAUGAUAAAAUUUCAAAUAGAUCAUCGAAUAAACUCGAUGUAAAAAAUGAUAAUACACCUCGAACACCAAAACCAAGUUUUGAAGAAGAACAGCAAGAAUUAAAAAAAUCUCUAUCAAAGGAUUGGUGUGAUAAAAUGGAUAAUGCAGAAGCAGAAGAAAAAAAAUUACAUAGUUUUGUUCUAUAUCUUAAACAAUUUCCUAUGCAUAAAAAUAAAACAACAGAAGAACUUCUUACUUCUAUUGAAUGUUGUCCUAAAGAACUUCUACGUCGACAGAAAGAAAUUAGUAAAGGAAAAUUAUCGAAUGCAUAUCAGAAUUAUAUAUCAACCAUAUUACGAAAAUGUCGUACACGUCAACAUCCACGCACACCAUGUAAAUAUGCGAAAAUGUCUCGACGUGGAUUCGAUGGUUCUAUUAAAGCAUGGCGUCGAAAACUUCAUGAAUUCAAUGGAGAUAAAACAAAAGAAAAUAGUACGAAUAAUGAUGAUUCAUUCUCAUCAUCUCAACGCAGUGAUGGUUAUUCAACACCUUCAUCAACAUCAAUGAGUUUAGAUGAAACUGAUGAAAAUUUUCUUCCAGAUUUAUAUGAUUUUGAAGAAGCACUUACAAAUAAUGAACCUUUUAUUGAUUUGGAUGUUGCGGAUUCAAUGGAUACAAUUGUUAAUAAUGUUGAUUCACGUUCAGCUAUGGUAUUUGAUUAA